UUGAAGUAUGGCAGAUUCAUGAGGUGAAGCCGCGGCUAUGCCCGGCUGGAGGGCCCAUGUAAAUGAACCUAUCAGACCAGCUGUGUAAUAGUGAAUACACAGCAGCGCUGCUGACAGCCAGCUAGCUUCAUCAUCCAUCCCAGAUGCAGCGAUAGAGGACCGACCGGUCGUACCAAGACUGAUCGUCCCCGGCCCACCGCCCGAGACACCAUGUAAUAUACACCCCUCCAUGCCGCCGUAAAUUCUGACCGGGGCGUCAGCAGAAAUCCCAUUCCUUACAGGACAAGAUACCUGGAAGGAGGAUCUACACAGUGGGCUGGAUCGAUGGAUGAGUAGGACUGGACAGGUGCCUGCCGCUGUAGACCACACGUCAGGGGGGACACACGUACGCCUGCCCUCCCGAAGCCCGCUGAGACAUGUCUCCGAUCACACCGAUGGCCGGGCCCCGCUGCUUCUUCUACCUCCUCCUGCUCGUAUGCACGCAGUAUACACUCGCAGCCUUUCCUCAGAAUGUCCCCAUAGGAGCCAUAUUUUCUAAAGAGUCAAGAGAGGAGACAACCGCUUUCCGCAACAGACUGGAUAUGUUAAACAAGGCCAAGGAUGCUUCCUUUAAGAUCGUCAGUGACACAAAACUUGUCGACACGUCUAGCAGCUUUAACAUGGUCAAUGCAGUUUGCUCGCAAAUCAAGAGAGGCAGUGGCGGCGUGUACGCUAUAUUCGGCAUGUACGACAUGCCUGCACUGGACGCAAUACAGGCCUACUCCAGGAACCUACAGGUGAGCUUCAUCACUCCCAGCUACCCGCCGGCCUACGACAAACGGUCCGACUUUGUCGUCUACAUGAGACCCAACCUGGCCCGUCCUGUGGUGGACCUCAUCAACAAAGUCUACAAGUGGGACUCCUUCACCUAUAUAUAUGACGAUGACGAAGGUCUGGCAACAUUGGAACAAGUCAUGGAUCUGGUUCAAAUGAAGGACACGGAGGUAAUCGCACGGAAGUUGGGUGGUGCGGACAACGCCAACGCAACCAUCACCACCAUCGACGGCGAGGGGGAGAGGAGAGUCAUCAUCGAUCUGGACAGGAGGACCACAGAAGUCUUCAUGAAAAAGAUAAAGGAACGGAACAUGUGGACAUCUUACUACCACUAUAUCUUUAUGAACCUGGAUUUCCAUCUGUUGAACAAAGCAAACCUGACGUACGGGCAAGCCAAAGUCACCAGCUUCCAGAUUGUUGACCCGCUGAGAGGUGACGGCAAAGACUUCCAGAAGAUCGGCAAGAACAUCGGGUUCAAAGCAGCUCUAAGUUACGAUGCUGCUGGGAUCAUCUCGAGCGCCUUUAACAGUCUGAAGCAGGACAGAACUGACAUCAACCUGUCGGACGACACUUCUCCCGCGUGUGAGAAAGGAGACAACAUCUGGAGGUUUGGGGAUAGAAUCAGAAGCAGUCUGCAGAAGGUUAAGACCAUGGGAGUGACCGGCUGGAUCCAGUUUGACCGGUUUGGUCAGCGUGAGAACUACACGGUGCACAGUCUGGAGCUACAGCGCCGCCUCAUGGUCCCGGUUUGGAGAUGGAGGAAUUCCAAACUGACGAAGGUGGAAGUAAACAUACCGAGGCCGUCGACCAAACCUCCUGCUCUGGGAGACAGAGUCUUACGUGUCACGACCAUCUUUGAAUCGCCGUACUUGAUGAACAAAAGUGACGAGGAAAUUGCCAAAUGCCCGCCUGGCCGAUCCACCUGUCAAUAUGAGGGGUAUGCUGUAGACAUGCUGGAAAAAAUCGCAGCUAUUGUCAACUUCACUUACAAAAUCCACAUCGUCGCAGAUGGAAAGUACGGUUCAGAAAAUGAAACAACUGGCAAGUGGAAUGGGAUGGUUGGCGAGCUGAUUGAAGGGAAAGCGGAUCUCGCCAUUGCUCCGCUGACCAUCACCUUGGUUCGAGAACGUGUGAUCGACUUCUCCAAACCGUACAUGAGCACAGGCAUCAGCAUCAUGAUCAAGAAGCCACAAAAAUCCAAGCCUGGGGUCUUUUCCUUUCUAGAUCCGCUGGCGUACGAAAUCUGGAUGUGUAUUUUGUUUGCCUACAUAGGCGUUAGCGUAGUUCUAUUCCUCGUGAGUCGAUUCAGUCCAUAUGAGUGGCACCCUGCCGAAUCGUGCGGGGUUGGGUCUGCGGAAGAGGAGCAGACCAACGAUUUCGGCAUAUGGAACAGCCUGUGGUUCUCACUGGGCGCCUUCAUGCAGCAAGGCUGCGAUAUCUCGCCAAGAUCAAUUUCCGGAAGGAUAGUGGGAGGAGUUUGGUGGUUUUUCACCCUGAUCAUAAUCUCCUCCUACACCGCCAACCUGGCCGCGUUCCUGACGGUGGAACGUAUGGUCACCCCCAUCGAGUCUGCUGAUGACCUCGCCAAACAGACUGAGAUCCGAUAUGGGACAGUGAAGGCUGGAUCGACGGAGGCGUUUUUCAAGUCUUCGACCAUUCCCGUAUACCAAAAGAUGUGGAACUUCAUGAGUAAGGCAGAACCGAGCCCGCUGAUGGACAGUAACACCAAGGGGAUCACGCAUGUGCGUGAGUCCAAGGGAAAGUACGCCUUUCUGCUCGAGUCGGCGAUGAACGACUACAUCGCACAGCGCAAGCCUUGUGACACCAUCAAGGCUGGAUCGAACCUGGACUCCAAGGGUUAUGGCAUCGGCAUGCCUAAAGAGUCACCAUACAGACACAAGAUAACCCUUGCCGUACUGAAGUUAAGGGAGGACGGCGUACUGCAAAAUCUGGAGAAUACGUGGUGGUACGACAAAGGGCAGUGCGGCCCCGUGGAAAGCACAAAGAAAGGGGAGACAAGUGCUCUCAGUCUCAGCAACGUGGCCGGUGUUUUCUACAUUCUGGUGGGAGGUCUGGGCCUGGCCAUGAUGGCGGCCCUGUUGGAGUUCUGCUACAAGUCCAAAGUAGAAGCCAACAAAUCAAAGGUAAAAGCCCGGAUGUCGGUCAAAGGUGAGAACGGACGAGUUCCCUCUCCGACUGACCCGUUCCCGAAGUCCAUGUCGUCUGUGCCCAUCACCAGGCCCAGCGGUGUGAGUCUGUACGAAAUGACCUACACUUAGACAGGCAACGGGAACAUCAUCAACAUCACAGACAUCACGGAAGGACAGUGUUGAUAGAGUGGCUAAAAAAAGGAAACUUUUGCAGGAUACAACAAAUGUAAUUUGUAAGCUAUACGAGGAGAGGUGAAGGCUUUGAAUGACGAUCAGUCACGUACUAGGCAACACUUAGAUAGAAGUUAACAUCCGCAGCUUAAGAUUGUGUUACCAACAGACCGUAGAGGAGAUUUCCACGUCUACUGCAGCCCGAAGAUAGGCUUUAAUCCAUGGCACGGCUAUUAGGAUGAUUCUUACUACAUAAGCAAGUGUUGUGACCAAAACUUGAUUAGUCAACGUAGCAUCCUUUAGUACUAGACGUGUCAGUGACCAGUAGGUAAAAUGAGACUAGCACUCAAAAAACGUGUAAGAGAGCAACAUGCUUGGCGUUAACAACAUGCUUGGCAUCUAAGUCAAGACGUCAAUGUGUGUGAUUUCGUACAUGUUGUUUGGAUUUCAAUUAAGAACCCUGUAAUAAUGUUCAAUUCAAAAAUAAUCAUCUAUGAGCACGUUGCAUGCUGACAAUAUAUACUGUAUAUCAACUGGUGUAGAAAUGUGGCAUCGUUAUGUGUUCAGUUCUGCAUGUGUUCUCGCAAUGUCAAUGUAUACAUACUCCAGAAACACAAGAACAAGGAAUCAGAGAUUCUAGACUCCCGGGAAAUGAAGCAUGCAAUUCGCGGCCUCCUGAAUUCCCCCAUCUCCAAACUAAUUUCUGCUGCCCAAAAGCUCUAGUAAAGCAAUAUAUAGCUGCUUGCUGUAAGGCGAAUUCAUGAUAGCCCUUGUACAGUGUACGCGUAUGUAUGGUAUCACAAAUUAUAGUCAACUUGACGUGAGUGUUCAGAUGUAAUAACUUUGCACUCGAAAUUGUUAGAAACCAAGAGUUAAUAAUGUGAAACGCCUGACUUUACCAAAUUCUCACAAUCCAAUGGUCAGAAGUGUUCAUGUUGUAUCUAUAU